UGAAAUCAUGAAAAAGCUAUCUUCCUGUGGAACCAGAGGUUAGUCGCAUGGCGGACACUGGCUUGACAAGACAUACGGUACGGAAGUUCCCGAGUACGACCGACAGAUUGCGAAAGCCUUCAGAAACAACCGUCGGCCCUUCCUAAAGGAAGAUCUGUGUGCUGUGAUUUAUCACUUAGGAGGCCAAAACACGCGCAACAACGGACAACCCCACAGGAUCGGGGGGUGCUUCUCGUGUCUCGGGAGGAAGGUCAGGGUUUACAAAGUUACCUUGACUGUAACAAUCAUACACGAGCUGCUUCUUUUUACAUCCAAUCAAUCUUCUGUGCUCAUUUUUACUUAUAAUACACAAAUUAAAAAAAUUCGAUGCCUUCCAGGGACGAUAUUCGCUCCCUAUCCACUGAGCAACGCUGGAUCCCUCCUUCAACUCUUAGACGCGAUGCACUCACCCCAGAAAGCAGAAAUAAUUUCAUCUUUAGAAAGGUGCGGGGUAUUCUUAAUAAGCUUACGCCGGAAAAGUUCGCAAAGCUGAGCAACGACCUGCUCAACGUUGAGCUUAAUUCUGAUGUGAUUCUCAAAGGUGUCAUUUUUUUGAUCUUUGAAAAAGCACUUGAUGAACCCAAGUACAGUUCUAUGUACGCACAGCUGUGCAAACGGCUGUCUGACGAAGCUGCAAACUUUGAACCAAAAAAAGCACUCAUUGAAAGUCAAAAAGGCCAAAGCACAUUCACAGUUCUUCUUCUUAAUAAGUGCAGAGACGAAUUUGAAAAUCGUUCAAAGGCAAGUGAGGCAUUCGAAAAUCAGGAUGAACUUGGUCCAGAGGAAGAGGAACGCCGACAGGUGGCUAAGCGCAAAAUGCUUGGUAACAUUAAAUUCAUCGGAGAAUUGGGAAAAUUGGGAAUCGUAUCGGAAACGAUCUUACAUCGUUGCAUCUUGCAAUUAUUGGAGAAGAAAAGGCGAAGGAGAUCCAGGGGGGACACUGCUGAGGAUAUUGAAUGUCUUUGCCAAAUCAUGCGUACCUGUGGCCGCAUCCUUGACUCGGAUAAAGGCCGCGGACUCAUGGAUCAAUAUUUCAAACGUAUGAACUCCUUGGCAGAAAGCAGAGAUCUUCCUCUACGCAUCAAGUUUAUGCUACGUGAUGUUAUUGAGUUACGCCGUGAUGGCUGGGUACCACGUAAGGCUACCAGUACUGAAGGUCCAAUGCCCAUCAAUCAAAUCCGCAGUGAUAAUGAAGAGUCUUCGAGAGGAAAUGGCUUCCAUAGACGUGAGGAUCGUCUCGGAGCUGAAUUUUUAAGAAAAAUGGGCCGUGGCGGAUUAGAUAUGGAUAUGAUGGGGGGUAUACCAUUAACUUCUCCAUCAUUUGGCAUGCCAUCUCCAUUCAGCCCCAAUGGAUUCUCAGGAACUUCAGGGGUUACUUAUGGCCGUCAUAGUCAACGUAACCAACCUGGUUACUAUCAAAACCAGAAUCGUCACCAAAACAAUUAUCAAGGGAAACACAAUCAACAACAACAUAAUUCACCACAAAACUUUAAUAACAAUAGCAAUAAAGAACAAUUACGCUUCAAUAAAAAUAAGAUGUUGAUUGGACAUCCAGAAGAAGUAUCGCUAAGACCAUCAGCUAAUUCUAUGAUGUUUAAACAAACGAAUAUUAAUCCCAAUCUACCUCUCAACAGUGAUCUGUUCCCAGGACGAGCAUCAGAAAUACCUCUUCUACGUACAAGCACAUUAAAACCCAGCUCGCCAUUACUGCACAAGGAAUUGUCACCAGCAAUUGUAAUAAAACAAGGUCCCGUAGAUAAAAGAGAAAAAGCUCGCGAUAGAAAGGAUAAAGGAACUUCUAGGGAGGAGAUAUUGAAGAAGGUGAAUUCCUUAAUGGAUGAUCUUGUUUCGCAUACGAACAUACAAGAUGCAAUAACAGCUUUUCAAGAUCUUAAAAUACCUGAACGAUUUUUACGACAUGCAGUUUAUACAUUAUAUUCUAAUACGUUAGAUCGUGGAGAUUCUGACCGUGAACUUGCAGCUAAACUUAUAGUUGAAUUGGAGAAAGCAGACGUGAUUACUGUACAGCAGAUACAUGAAGGAUGGAAAGAACUAGUAUCCAAUAUACCAGAAAAAGAGAGUACUGUGCCUUGUGUAGCUUCUCAUGUUGCCUUUUUAACAGCUAAGGCUAUUGUGGAUAAUUUAAUUCAAUUAACCGAUCUUGUUGCUGUGACAGAAAAUGGCCAACAUCAUCCAUUAUUUUUACUUACACUUCAGCAAUUACAUAAAAGCCAAGGCAAAGCAAGAUUAACACAAAUCUUUAAUGACAGCAAGGUGAAUCUUAUCAGUCAGCUACCUGAAGCAGACAAGACGAAAGAAAGACUAGCUGAGAUUUUAGAAGACAGAGAAUUGACUUUCCUUUAUCCACUUCUUAAGAUCCAAGGAGAUAUAUGGCGUCAAUUAGAAUAUGACCCAAAUCCUAAUACUCUUUACAAAUGGAUCAAAGAAAAACUAGAACCUUCGCAUCAUUCUGAUUCAGAAUUUAUUAAUGCUUUGAUGAAUGUUCUUCUAAAAUACAUUACACAGGAAACAAUACUGGCACCUGGUGUUGAUCCUUCUAGUGUAGGCAAAUCAGUAAUAGAUAAAGAAAAGGCAUUAUUGGAAAAAUAUGCUCGUUUAAUGCGCUUACUCUUCGUCGAUAUAGAGUCUCAAGUGACAGCUCUCCAUGCACUUCAAGCAUUUUGGUUUUCGCACAAUUUUCCAAAAGGAAUGCUAUUGCGAUGGUUUGAUGGGCUUUACCGAUUAGAAGUGAUUGAAGAAGACGCUUAUUUCAAAUGGAAGGAAUGUGUUACUGAUGCUUAUCCAGGCAAGGGUAAAGCAUUAUUUGAGGUAAAUAGUUGGUUAACAUGGCUAGAUAAUGCAUCCACAGAAGAAGAAAGUGAUGACCAUAACGAUGAUGAUGACAACAAUAAAAACUACAGAAUGCAAAAACUGUGAGAAGAAUAUGUUCUUCCGGCUACCUAUAAUUUGGAAUAGGGUUUUGCUAUCUAUAUUACUGGACCAAGCGGUUUCAGUUUACUAAUUGAGUUGUCUCCAUCCAUUGCCACAAACAUCUUGUUAGUCUGUGUCAAGCCCUCGUUCAAUGAAGAAGAUGAAGACAAAGAAGAAAAGGACUUUACAAUAAUGUCCAAAUAAAAAAAAGAAAGAAAGAAAAAAAAUGGAAAUAUGGAAAAUUUGCAACCGCUCGAGUGGUUUGCAACAGACUUUCUAAGCAAGAAGUUUUAGAAUGUUUUAGAUAAUUGAAUAUUGAUAUGAUUUGUAAUCAUAUUGGGCCAGCAGAUAUCAACAUUCGCCGCUGUAUGAACAUCGGUGCAGAAGGAAACAAGAAAAAAAUUAGUCUGGUGAUUUGUGUUGUCAAAGUUUUUGUCUAGUAUUGUGCAUGUGUCACGUUUUUGUAAGUCUUUUUGUCCGCGGCACCAACGAGUCGCUUGUUAUCUCUGUGUACCAGCUUUUACAUUUAUUAUGAGGAAUUAUUAUCUAUUAUUAAUUAUUAUUAUUACUAUUAUAUAAUUCAUCACAACAGUCGAAAUACAUCUACUUUUCCUAAAGAAACAAAGAAAAUAUCCAUUAGGAACAGGAAACUGACUCAGUAAUAUAAUAUAUAAAGCGCGAUUAAUUAAUUCUCUCUAAAACUAAAAAAAAAUCAAACAAAUGAAUUUGUAGAUCUUGAAAAACAAAACUGAGUCAUAUUUAUACACACCAAUCAACCAAACAUCAUUUUUGCCCAUGUACCUAUAUUUGCUGCUCCAUUUAAUUCUACUCUAACUAUUCAAUAACAACCAGCAGCCAACAUCACAAUUCACUUUAACGUAACAUAAAAAAAAAAAUUAGUGACAUGACUAAAUCGUAUUAUAAAAAUAAACAUACCUUGGUGUAAUUUAUUACA